CCCAGGUGCAAAGGGUCUGGGCUCGACGUAGUCCUCAGGGAAUGUGGAGAGCUAGCAGUAUGUCGGCGGACCUAGGCAUCGGGUUAGCACUUCGGGCAGUGAAUGAGCGCGUGCAACAAGCUGUGGCGCGGCGGCCGCAGAAGGGACCCGCUGCCUGGAGAAGAUGACUCCUCUCCGGGUGUCGUGGCCAUUUCCCAUCCCUACACGCGGGGCACUGGGGGACCGGAGGAACGUCUGGCACCAGAGCACGCAGAUGACUGAGCUCGCCGAGAUCGCGCCUGUGACAUCGUCUGACAGCUCGAUCUCCCAGCCAUCCAGCCCCGUCUUGUAGCAGUCAGCAAAACUAAACCUGUGGAGAUGGUGAUCGAGGCCUACAAUCAUGGCCAGCGCACUUUUGGAGAAAACUACGUUCAGGAACUGCUAGAAAAAGCAUCAAACCCUAAAAUUCUGUCUUCAUGUCCUGACAUCAAAUGGCACUUCAUUGGCCACCUACAGAAACAAAAUGUCAACAAGUUGAUGGCUGUCCCCAACCUCUCUGUGCUGGAGACAGUAAGUUCUGUGAAAUUAGCAGAAAGAGUCAACAGUUCCUGGCAGAAAAAAGGUUCUCCUGAACGGCUGAAGGUUAUGGUCCAGGUCAACACCAGUGGAGAGGACAGUAAACAUGGCCUUCCACCCUCAGAAAUGAUAGCCCUGGUGGAACACCUGAAUGCCAAGUGCCCCAGCCUGGAGUUCGUGGGGCUGAUGACCAUAGGACGCUUUGGCCAUGAUCUCAGUCAGGGACCGAAUCCAGACUUCCAGAUGCUGUGGUCGCUGCGGGAGGAGCUGUGUGAAAAGCUGCAGGUCCCUGCCGGGCAGGUGGAGCUGAGCAUGGGCAUGUCCUCGGACUUCCAGCACGCAAUUGAAGUUGGAUCAACAAACAUCCGGGUAGGGACCACCAUCUUUGGAGAGCGGGAUUACUCCAAGAAACCCAUUCUGAAUGACACCACAACAGAAUUGAAGGCCCCAGUGGGGGCAACACAGGAGCACUGAGUGAGGACAGCCAAGACAACCAGCUUUGCACCAACAAAGUGUUCGUUGUAAUAGUCCCCACCUUUCCACCCAGCCGAGCACUCCUGGGGCCUGAACAGAGAGCAUGGACAGUCCCGGGUAUUGUCUGAAGCCACCUGUGCUUAGUCUCUGACAUAGGAAGCCUGGUUCAAACAGUGGCUUUGGAUCAAGUUUGAGAAUUGACUCUUCUGUAGAAACAAAUGCCAAAUCAGUAGGCAGGAAUCAAGUUCCAUAUGGAAUUCUGCCCAGGAGCACUAACCAGCUCAUGGAUGCCUUUUCCAGGUUGAAGUGUGGAUUACUGGUGCCUAUGAUCCUGGAAGUCAGAGGGAUUCCCAUUUCUCAUCCCACUUUAGUAGGAAAUUCCCCAUUCCCCGAUAGUCACCUUUGCUGCUCCAAAGCAAGGUGAUUCUGUCCCACAGUGCACAUGGAACAUGUUACCUGCUGUGGAGUGGCAGUCAGUAACAUCCAGCCAUGACUCCAGUUACAGCUCCACACACAAAUUGUUAUUAGGGACAGUUAGUGUCAUUGACCACUGUGACCCUGAGAUUUUAGGGGUAACUAUUUGUAAAUAGGACUUAAGCCUUUCUUCCAUCCUCAAGAGAUGGAACUUUGAGCUUUUCCCUGGGGACCCCACAGCAAUGGGAAUUUAACUUUGUGAUGUCUUAUCCACUAUAAUCCCCUUUCUGGUGAUUUUUUAGCAAAGACCAGUGAAAUCUCAUCCCUCCUGGAAAUAAAAGCCUGCAGAGCCCAUGCAGGCAUUUGGCUUCAGCAAGGCCUUGAUUCAUCGUUCUCUCUGAGGAGCAUUUCACAGGCUCACUUGGCCUCCACACUGUCUUUAUAAGCCACCGUUUGACAGCUCUUCUUGAUUGUUCAUUAAUACAGUAGCAAGAUCUUCAAAAGUCAGAAAGCACUGGGGCCAGGGAUUUAGCUCAGUGGUUCUGCUGCCUGCCUCACAAGCACAAGGACCCGAGUUCGAUCCCCGGUACCCCCCACCAAAAAAAAAAAAAAAGAAUGCACAAUCCUCUGAGUCCUGACAGCUUCAGUGUGGGUGGUUGUUUUCUAGAUAGCUUUUUCUCUUAUUCGAGUAGUCUUUAAUAUUAUGAAAUAACUGAGAACAUGAUGCUGCUGCUGAAUGUAAUUUUGUAAAAUUUAACACCAUUGUGAUUCCCAUUUCAAAGCUAUAGUGUGAUAGUUCAGAGUCUGUUAGAAAUAUGAAUUUGAAUUAUACCAUCUGUGCCAAUUACAAAGCAAUUAAAGGAUUUAUUUUCUAUGG